CCCUUUCCAGUGCCGCCUCCCUUCCUUUGUGCUCGGCAGUCGCGGCGCCGUGGUGGCAGUCGGUGCCUUCGUUGCACGGUUGGACGGACCCCACUCUCCCGCUAUGUCCCUGGGAGCCGGCCCGGCGGCGGGUUUCUCUAGCGAGGAGCUGCUGGCCUUGCGCUUCCCGUUGCACCGCGCUUGCCGCGAUGGCGACUUGCCGGCUUUGUGCGCCCUGCUGCAGGGCACGCCCCGCGAAGACUUGGUGGCCGAGGACUCCUUCUACGGGUGGACCCCCCUUCACUGGGCCGCACAUUUCGGAAAGUUGGAGUGUUUAAUUCAGUUGGUGAGAGCAGGAGCUACUGUAAAUGGCUGCACAACACGCUUUGCCCAAACACCAGCUCAUAUUGCUGCUUUUGGAGGACAUCCUCAGUGCCUCAUCUGGUUAAUUCAAUCAGGAGCCAACAUAAACAAACAGGAUUAUGUUGGUGAAACUCCUAUACAUAAAGCCGCUCGAUCUGGCAGCAUGGACUCCAUAAGUGCCCUUGUGGCUCAUGGAGCCCAGAUAGACUUGAGAAAUGCCAGUGGCCUGACAGCGGCAGACCUUGCAUAUACCCAGGGCUUCCAGGAAUGUGCUCAGUUGCUCUUGAAUCUCCAGAACUGCCCUCUGAACCGUUUCUAUAGCAAUGGCGCCUUAAAUGGGUUCCACCAGAAUGCCAGCCCCAGUCUCCUCAAUAAAGGCUCAAGUCGAAAACGAUCUUUCGAAGACAUGGAGUGUGCUGGCAUCAAGAAAGCUAGAACUGAAGGUGAAAAUAUCAAUGGCUUAAUACCCGUGACAAACGGAGGAAAUGAAGAUGAUGCUGACAAUAUGCAUGUUGAUAGAGAGUUUUCUGUGAUACCAGAUAUGAACUGCAGUAACUCCAUAUUGAAUGCAUUGACAAAUGGAUAUUUCAUCAAUGGACGCUUGGACUUCAGCUCCCCAACUCAUCUCAAUGGAUUGAGUGCCAGGCGUGAAGAAUGCCUAAGAAUGAUAGUACCUAAUGAAGUAGUCUCUGCUAAUAAGCAUACAAUUAAUGCUGAUAAUGGCAUCGAGGAACAGGAAAAAAAUAUAAAUACAUCCGAUAUGUGUGGUUCUUUGCAUCUGAAUGGAAGCCCAAGUAGCCUUGUAACAAAUAAGCCCUUGUGGCUGGAGGACCUGGGAGAUACAUUGCACUAUGGACACUACCAUGGUUUUGGUGACACUGCCGAAACUAUUCCUGAACUUAGCAGUGUUGUUGAACAUUCCAAUUCUGUUAAAGUUGCACAGAAAUACGACAAUACUGUCUUGGGUACAAUGUAUCUCUAUCAUGGUUCCUAAGUUGUCAAAUCUAUGUUUUUGCAGAUAUCAAACAUGUUGGAAAACUGCAACUAAGGAAUAUAAUAUGGGAGGAGGGAGGUAUCAUCUGAAGGAUGCAGCAAGUAACAGGAAAAAAAACCACACGUUAAGAGAAUUUGCCACUUGACAGCCUUAUGCUUCUAGUUUGCAUGCACAGGGUUCACUAGUUAUAAUGAAUAGGUGCUUUUACAAUGGAAUGUUUGGUCUUUUUUAUGACAAGUUCUAGUUUUGUACUUUUUUAUUUCUAAGCUGUACAACUGUAUUCUAGAUAUUUCUGUUCAUUUUCAUGUGCUAAAACUAAACUUUGUGGGAAGAGGUUGUUUUUUGGAUAGUAGCAAAGUACAGAUUCUCUUAAGAUUUUCUGCGAGGCUAUGGUCAGUAAUAAGUGUGUCAGUUACGACAAUGCGCAGAGUGACUGAUAGGAAACACAUUUGACUUAUUUGCUCAUUUCUUGGAGGGGAAAAAGCAAAUUUUCUUAUAACUUGUCCACACAUUAAAUGUUUAGAAUGCAGUGACAAUUGGGCAAUUAAAGUAUUUCUCUUUAAAGUCAUAUUUAGGUGGCAGUCUGUCCUACUUAGAAAAAAAAUGCUAACGUAUUAGAAAAUUGGAAAUGGCUUUCCAGUAUUCUGCUGAAAGAAGAGCAUUGUACUUUACAGAUGUUUGUGAUAUUUUACCAUAGCUCACAGAAUGGCAUGUUAGCAUUAUGUUUUAUUGUGUUAUGUGAAUUGCAUAUACUGUUACUUGUUGCAAUGUUUGUCUGGUCAGUAUAUUUCAGCUUUACUUUUUUGUUGUAUGCAUAUAUUGUGUUUUUGUUUAAGGAAAUGUAAUGUUGUGUAUGCGGAGCCUAAAGACAGGCUGUUUUUUGUUUUGUUUUUAAGCCAAGUUCAGUGGGAAUACAUUGUAUAAAAAUUGCAUAAAUCCUUAUGAGCAGAACACAUACAUGUGCACCACAGAACCUUUCUAACAUUAUUUUUGUGCUUUUUUUGUAAAGUUGAUAAAGAAAAUGUUGAACUAAAGGCAAAACGGGUGUGUGUAACUUGUGUCCUAUGUUUUUGUUUCCAAAGGGACCUUUUCAAAUUGAAUUUAAAAAUAAACUCCACCUUGCAGUAUACCUUA